AAUCCAGUGUGUGCCUGCGUCUCUCUCUCUCUCUCUCUCUUUCUCUCUCUCUAUCUAUCUAUGCAUGUGUGUGUGUGUGCAUGAGGGGGGAGGAUCCGUCUCCGUUUCCCCCUAAUGCACGCCAGUGCUGGACGGAGCAGGGAGAGAGAGAGAGAAAGAAAGAGAGAAGGGACCUGCCUCUGUCGCGUGUGUGGUUCGCCUGCAUGCUAAGGGCUAAAGAUUUGCAUCUGCUGUGCAACUGGGAACCGCAGGUGCCACACAAUUACAUACAUCCCUGAGAUGAUUUGAUGGUAGAAACCAGCACUUUCCGAGGGGAGCACCUGCCUUCAUCCAUCAGACUUGAGCUGGGUGGUGGUGGAGGAGAUCCGGGCGCUGUGCGUUCUCCCUUCCAACGGGCUGCACUAUGGCAGUCUUUUAGUAGGAUGCAUCCUGCCUUGGCUUUGUUCUGCAGAUCCACCCAGCCUCCCAGCCAUCAAGUCACAGGCUAUGGUUUCCUCUGUGGGGAUCUCUCGCGCUUUACUGUUGUCUCGGGUUAGUUUUUGGCCUUGGCUGGAAUUUCAUCGCCUCAUGUCUUGGUUGGCUUCCAUCUGAAAUCAGAGGAGGAGAAGGAACAGGAACAAGAAGGCAAGCAAGAGAAGGAUCUAUGUCUUUUUUCUUCUUCCACAGUUUUGGGUGAUAAUCCAGCGUCGUUCUGGAGGAGGGAGAUAACCGUUCACCCUGGCUGAAAAACGCAUCCAUUGAGAAGUCUGAAAGAAAUUAACCACGUGAGGGGGAAAGGGGGGGAGAAAGAAAGGAAAGGAAGGGGGGGAAAAAACCUGGGAGAUCAGGAUUUAAUCUUUUUUCCUCUUUUUUGUUUUUGUUUUGUUUUUUUGUUUGGGUGGCCAAUGAUAAAACUGGUGCCCCUCUGGAGUAGACCCUAAUCUCAAUUUUUAUUAUUAUGCAACAACCACAAGGAUCUCCUCUUUCUCAGGGUGUAUAAGCGCAGGAUUGCUCUUUCGCCCAAAUCAAUGUGGUUUCUUUGGAACAUUUUCAGCAAAGGAUCGCAUAUGCUGCAGUGUCUUUGUGGCAAGAGUCUUAAGAAGAACAAGAACACAACUGAUCCCCAGCUCAAGGGUAUAGUGACCAGGUUAUAUUGCAGGCAAGGCUACUACUUGCAAAUGCACCCUGAUGGAAGUCUCGAUGGAACCAAGGAUGACAGCAGUAAUUCUACAUUGUUCAACCUUAUACCAGUGGGACUUCGAGUUGUCGCUAUCCAGGGUGUAAAAACAGGCUUGUAUAUAGCCCUAAAUGGAGAAGGGUUCCUUUAUACGUCAGAACUUUUUACACCAGAAUGCAAGUUUAAGGAGUCUGUUUUCGAAAAUUAUUAUGUAAUCUACUCAUCAAUGCUCUACAGACAGCAAGAGUCAGGAAGGGCCUGGUUCUUGGGGCUCAAUAAAGAAGGCCAAGUCAUGAAAGGAAAUAGAGUGAAGAAAACAAAACCAGCAGCGCAUUUUCUACCGAAGCCAUUGGAAGUUGCCAUGUAUCGAGAACCAUCUUUGCAUGAUGUUGGAGAAACAGUGCCAAAGGCUGGGGUGACUCCAAGUAAAAGCACAAGUGCAUCGGCAAUAAUGAAUGGAGGCAAACCAGUUAACAAGAGUAAGACAACAUAGCCAGAUCCUCAUGGGUAAUGUGACUUAUUGAGCUCUCUUAAGUACGGCUGAGCAUUUUAUCCUUGCAAGACUGUCUCACUCUGGUGUCUGCGGAUCAGCUGGAGGCAAGCAAAUGCUUGCUCUUCACUCGUCCCAAACUAGGUUAUUGCAAGCGGAUAAAUCUCAACCCGUAACUCCUCCUACAGCAAAGAAGACACCUGGUUAACCAGCUGAACUCAGACCAUGGAAUGCCCUACCAGAUAUGGAAUGCCUUUUUAAUAUCUUUUCUGUGACUGUGACACCUCAUGUGAAUGACAUACUUCACAAGUACACUUGAUAUCCUGCCUGCUGACAGUUACCCAUAACCCCCCUUUUGAGUCCAGGAACCCCAUGUGUUUUAAGUUCAAUUUUGUAGCACACAAAAUAAGUAAUUUCUAGAUAGAUGCUGUAAACCUGUGCUAUUAUGAAUUUUCUCUUCUUCCCCCUUUUUUACAAGGCUGCUCGCUCUGCUGUUUGUGUGACUCCUUUGCAGGGAUUGUGUUUCUCUCAGAGUUAAACGUUGCUGGUGGCUUAGUUCUGAAAAGCAAUCAGGGAAUCAGGGGAGCCUUCAAAACCCUAUUCGGAAUUAUACCUGUCAAGGAAUAGGAUCAUUGUCUCAGAGGUACAAAUGGGGAUUCGGCGUGGAUACUCUCUAGUGUGUUCUUGAGGUUGGCAUUACUGAGAAGUGAAAAACAUCAAACAUGGCCAGUCAACAAUCUCUCGAGGCCAAUGUUUGACACCCCCUGGCAGUUUCUUUUUGUGUGUGUGUUUUAUACAUAUCACAAGCUUACUGGGUAAUGGUAACAUUUGCCUUGCCCAGCGAGCAAGACCCACACAUUUUUGGGAAAGUGGGUCCAAAGAACUCUGUAGGCCUUGUAGGCCUGAACUAAGGCUCAUUUUUCAUCUACUAGUCCUCAUUAUUUGAAAGUUAAAGAAAAAAAAUUAAGAUGAAUGAAAAUUGCGCUACCUAAGUCCAUUUUGAAACAAUAGAAUCCUUCCUGUUUUUAAUGAAUGGAACGUAAUCCCAUCCUUUUUUUUUUUUGGCUGUAGUCCACUCUCUUACUCAGCAAAGCAUGGGCAAGGAAGUUCUUGUGUUCUUUUUUGCAGCACCAAUGCAAGGGGUAGAAUAUACUUUAAUACUUUCAGUGUUUUAAAAAAAGAGGGAAGUUUUUCAAUGGGACAUAUUUAAAGAGUUCCUUUGUGUUUCUUUCUUAAAAAGCUCAGCAUGCAGAGUUUAAUGCUCUCUAUAUAAUUUCACCAGUACCACGUUUCCAGUCCAGCUUUUUAGGAUGAUAUAUGCCCACCAAAUUGCUAGGUUUACGGUGCCUUGCCUUGAUCUCAGUAUUCUGUCCAUUGUACUACAUGAACCUAGGAAAAUUCUAACAUGAUUACAAGGCUAAGAACUUUUACCAUUUGAUUGCUUAAUAAAACGAAUACUGUUGAUAUUUCCUGGAUAUCAGUUUAAGAGUGGGUUGAAGCCAAUUGAGAAAUGAAAUGACAAAUGGUCACAAGUCUUAGGAGACAUGAGAAAAAUGCUGUAAAGACGUUAAGUAAAUUGGUAAAGAAUUCAAAAGUGCUGAUUAGAAAACUUGAUAAAAGCAGAAGGCAUGCUAGGGACCAAAAUGUACCUCAGUUUUGGAAAACUAUUCGGUGUUCAUUUUCAUGUUAUCCCCCCUCGUUUCAUUUUUGAGACUGUGUUUUCAGAAUGGCUUUUAAGAAUUGGUUCACAUUUACAUAAAUUAUGAUCUGUUCAAAUGUUCAGCCUGCUUAGGUAGUCAACUAGAUUGAACAUUGGUUAACUCUUGACGCUUACAAUAUUUUCAUAACAGCUUCUAUUUUAAUAAGCAAACACUUGAUAUACAUCCAAGUAGGUUAUGUGAUGUUGCUUAAGUAGAAAUAUACAAUGUAAGCAUUCAGACCAAUUAAUUUUUUGUUUUAUUCCCAUUUAAGACAAGAGAUUGUUUAAGGUUGGUUCUUUUUAACCAGAAGAGUGAAGCACAUAAAAUGAUGCUCAAUUUUCCAAGCACUUAAAAAGACAAAAGAAGAAGAAACUAAAGAGGUGUUUAAAUGCAAUGAAAACGGUAUGUGCACAAAAAUAAACCCUGAGCAUCCUUUUACCCUGUGGCUUUCUCAAAACACUCUCUUGUGUUUUCUACCACAUAGGGACAAAAAGGACCAACUUCCCCUCCAUUAAUUGAAUGUUCAGGGUGAUCAGCAGGUGGUGUGGCCUUCUCAUGCAGGUACACUUAUGCGCAAGGGCUGUGUAGUAAAUACUGAAACUGAAGGUCUCUAAACUAUCCAUACUUUGCUCUCAAAUGUGAAAUGUUUUGUGUUAUUCUCUAAAGACUCUGUUCCAGCAGCCUGCUGAUUUCAUUCUAAAUAGAAAAUUAAGUUUCUAUACUGUGCAACUGGAAUUAAAACAAAACAAAGUUAUAAAACAGGAAAGCAAAAUAAAAAAGAUGUGAAAUGUAUUCUUUUUGCAAAAUUUUGGAAUCAGUUUUGUAUUAGUGGAUGAAGAAUGGGAGAGGCAGGUGUUGGGUAUAGAGAUGACUUUAGCACUGGGGUUUAUGAAGAUAGUAUCCUAUCUGGUCAGCUCAUGCAACUGAUUUUAUAAGGCCAGUAUAGAAAAAAAAUUCUGCCCCUACUGCAUCUUAAUCCAGACUGCACUCAUCACAGUAGUCUGUUGGGUCUACCCUGCACUGUCAAUUCUUCAUCUUUUCAUCCAUGGAGAAGCUCAUGAGACAUAAUCAGAGUUCUGCAAAAUGGGAUCAAUAUCCUUUGAAACACAACAAUUUAAUUUCCAACUUGCAAACUCAUGUUGCCAAGCCAACCGGUUGAGAGUGGCUAAUAUAAUGUUAAGGCUGAGUUUAUUUUUGUAAUGUGAAUGGUUGGCGCUGUACUGUAAGUAGAACACACAAUGUCACCUUUGGCGUUCUCUUCUGUGUCUGGAAGGGUCUUAAACCAGCUGAGAACCUGUUUCAGCACAAAGGAGAGGAUUCAUUGUUUCUUGUGCUUCGGUUACUCCUUUAGGUUUGUCUCUUGUCUCAUCUGCUGCAUGGGAAGAGGAUGGUAAUGAUGAACUGCAUGUCGUAGGCUAUAUGUAUCAGACCUGUUGGUAUGUACUGCUAAACUGACAUACAUAUAAGCAAUGAAUUUGUCUGCAUUGUACAGUUUGUGUUUAUUACCAUUUUGUUGUAUACACAGAUGCAACAUAUUGAAUAAAAUAUUUGUAUGAAGGCAUAUUUAAAACAACAACCCAACAGUUGAUAUUUUACCCCCCCCCCAAAAAAAAGUUGUGCAAAGUAACAUUGCAUUGGCAGCAGUAUAACAAAACAUCAUGUACAUAGUUUGGCAAAACUCAAUUCUCUCUCCUUUGACCAUGCCAAAGAAAAUUUUAGCUCCUUAAUCUAUUACCUCUCUUGCUGUUUUCCAGGUCAACAUGUUGCCAUUUUGUUCCCUCUCAAAUUAAUUUCUGUCAAGCAAAACUUUCUUUUCAACUGUCUGUUACUUGCUAAAGAACUGUACCAGUAAACUUGAUGGAAUCAAUUUGUAUUUACAGGUCAAAUGUGUAUACUGCCAUGUAAACACCAUGUUUGUGUUCCCACAUUCUCUCAGUUUGCAUGUUUUGUUGUGUUGGCUUUAGCUUCAAUCCCCGCAGAGGAGGCAGCAUUAUCAGCAAUGAACAAAUAUUGUAAUGACAGACCCCAGCCAUGUCAUGCAGUUCUAACUGCAGAGGGAAAUCAGACAUUCCUCUGAUCCUGAUACCUGGAUUCCUUGGGCAUAUUGGGUUUUGCCAUUCAUGGCAGCAGCUUUUUCUGCUGAGAUACAUGAGAAAGGCAACCUAGAUGAAGGAGUUCUGAGCAUGCAUUAGAACUUGCCUACCCCAAACACAUCACUGGAUCUGGAUAUCCGGGUGAUGGACUGCAGUGGGAUAAGAUUGCACCUUUCAUCCUUUUCGCAGUUAAAAAAAACCAAAAACACUUUUACUUUAUUCUGCAAAAUCUCAUCUAAGUCCAUGAAAAACCUCAUUCCUUGCUAAAAUACUGAAUUAAGUACCGGUACCACCUUUUGUUAUGUCUAGGAAGCAUCCACAACACACAGGAGUUCUCACUAGCCCACCAACACUCAUACACUCUUAUAGGGAUCUAAUAGGGAGGUAAUAUAUAAAAGUUUGCAACACACUUUAGGAUUUUCUGUCCUUGAAGGUACUUUAAAACUGACAUAAAAUAUUUGUAUGAAUUUAUUUUUCCCUGCAUCAAUUUGAUUUAACUUCUUUAGAAUUAUAUUGCCCUAUAGCAAACUAUCAAGGCAUUAAAAAAAUAAAUGACUACUUGCUAUAAAGAUUUUGCCUGGGACGUGUGUGUGUAUAUUGAGGGGGGCGGUCUUCUUCUUACCAUAUGGGGGAAGGUUUUCACUGUCUUAGUGCCACUCUGCUAUGGCAUUAGGUGAUUUGGCUUACAUACCUUAAGACACCAACCAUCUAUGGAUACUUAAAUGCAAUUUAUUUUUAGCUAUUUAGUUUAAAAAUCAGAUUCUUGUGAUACUUUUCAAACGGAAGUAUUUUAUCCCCAAAUGUUUAAGAUUAAGAGUCUCCUGAUACCUUUUUAUUUGCUUCAAAGCAGGUUUGGGGAGAGAUGCUGCUAAUUUGACCAGAGAAGCAGUGCAGGAGUAGUGGAUGUUAAACCCUUUCUUCCCAUGCUGUCCCUCUAGGCCCCACCCACCACCAGCUACUUUUUAAGUUAUGAAAGAGACAUCAGGAAAAGUCUCCUGCUCUGCGUGGAGUUUGGCUUUUAGUCUUUAAAUAGACAGGUUGGAUAUGGACAAAUACCAUCACUUAGGGUCAAGAGAUAAUUGGGCCAAUCAGAUUAUUUUGGUAUAUUUCUGCUGCAUAUCCAGAAUUUCAGCAAGUGAUCAUUAUUUUUAUACUGGCAACCCCCUUGAGGACCAGCUGUGCUAACAACAUGAAUACAGCCUGCUUGGGCACAUUCCUUCCCUGAAGUGGACCAUGGUUAUCCACAAAUUAUAAGACAUAUCCUUUCUGGACCAUUUGAAGAGGGUCCUCCCAGGAACACACACACCCUCAAACUUUAGGGACAUGAAUUUAUAAGACAUGUUUGCACUGGAUUGAGACACAUUUCUUGAGUACAUACUUUAUCUUUCCAGGGAAAAUUCUCAUGAGAAAAGCAUUUGCACUUGCAAUGUUCCACCUGCACUUUCAAGGGAUACCAUCUUGGAAAGACUGUACUGCUCAUUUCCCCUAAACAUUUUCGUUGGGUUCAAAAAUAUAUGUUGGGUUAUCUCCUUAUAAAACUAUAUGUUGAAUCUUAGAUGUCAAGGGAAGUGUCACUUGCAGAUUUAAGUAAAUAAAAGCAACAAACCAUCUUAGGUUUAUAUUUCUGUAUGUAUGCCACUCAAUCAUAUAGCCAACAACAAUCCUCAUUAUGGUACACAUAGUGAACAGGCUAUGCAGGCAAGUGUAUGACACCCAAAAUGAAAUCUUACAGCCUAAUUAACUGUAGUAAAAGUACAUUCUUGGAAAAGUGAAUGAAAAUGGACGCAAAAUAAAAAAAUUCCUUCAGCAGCACCUUAAAGACCAACUAAGUUUAUAUUUUGGUAUGAGCUUUCGUGUGCAUGCACACUUCUUCAGAUGGAAAAUGGACGCUUACCCCUUCCUCCAGGUGGGUGGCUGUUGCGGAUCCUGGCGCUCAGUCGCGAUCCCUGGGUAGCCAAAACACACAUGGCCAAGUGGCCAUUGGGGAAUUGUCCUGGCUGCCUUGGGUUUCCCGCCAGCUCCUGCACUUUAAAUUAACCAAUGAGAGGCCUGCUCUGGGGGGUGUACCUCACUUGCUGAAAGGGCAUUGGCUGCCCACCUGCCCGAGCAGCCAGUGAGGCAAAAAAGCCAGCAGCACCUUCCACCCUCAGUGCAGUUGGUGGAGAAGCAUAGUGAACUGGCUAUGCAGGCAAGUGAAUGACAUCCAAGAUGAAAUCUUAUAGCUUAAUUAACUGUUGUUAAAGUACAUUCUCAGAAAAGUGAUUGAAAAUUACGACUAUUUUGUUCCCACUAGAGAAAGGGCUUCACGAUCUGAGGCUGAGAUGGUAUAUAGUUAUCAGAGCCAUUCUUAUCUCGUUCCUUUCCCCACUUCACUAUGCUUCCUCUUAAAUCAGAAAUGUGCAAAAGUUGGUGAAGAGCAGCAACUGAAGGGGCAAACCACAAAGGUGCACAAUGUUUUAAUAAGAUAUUGCAACAGGUCUAUCCUAGAG